CUGCGACGGGCUCCUCGCCGCGGGGCGCCCUUCCCGCGCGCCAUGGGCAACAGCCUCGACGGCUGCGAGGCCUGCGUCGACCAGGUCUUCGAGGACGCAGAAAGCUGCGACGAAGACGGACGCGAAUGUCUCAAGUUGGGUUUCCGCAUGGUGGUCUUCGAGCACUCGGACAACUUCGGUGCGCGAGAGCUCACGUUCAGAAGAGAAGAUUCGUCCACCAAGUUCUGUCGCUUCUCUCAGAAGCCAUUGGGCCUCACAUUCAACAAGGACAAGGUGCCCAUCACGAUCACUGCCGUCGCUCCUUGGAGCAUCGCGGAGAGAAGAGGCGUCAAAGUCGGGAUGGUCCUCGAGGUCAUAGGCGAGACCGACGUGGCAGACAUGGACUACGACGAGUGUUUUCGGCUGCUCGUGGAGGGCAUGAAGCCGUUGCCAGGGCCGCCACAUGAGUCGGAGCAGGCUUCUUGACCGCGACGCCGCGUUAUCACCGGGCACGUUGGCAUCGUGCGCGUUUUAAGUGUGUGCAGCUUAGUCGAGAAGAAUUUUCUCGAUUCGCCUCACGCUCCCCGUUUGCUGGUUCCUUAUCCUCCGCAUCCUCCGCCCUUGCGCAUUCGGUGCAUCACCCAGUGAGCCAUUGCCGACUGCCCAGUAUGCUUGGUUAUUCGAACCAGCACGUUACAGUAGAGUCGCUGAUUGUGAGCACGGACCACAGCUGCGAUCGGCCAGCCCAGCUGGUACAAAAAUGCUACUGCGUCUCUGCUUCCUUUCAUUGCGAGGCGCAACAUCAGACCCUCUAUGGUGAGGAGGCC